CUUCUGCAAGUGGGCAGAGCAAAUACAGCGGCUCGUGCGCUGUGGCUAGAAAUCAGGAAUCUCAUCUUCGCAGUCUGCUCAACACCUCGUCGUCUCCGCACGCUCUCUCCCUGGAUUUUCGAAGUCUGAACACCGCCGACAGAAACCACAAAAGAACAGAGGCAGGAUGCAACCGAUUGGACUCCGUCCACUGAGAUGUUACUGAGCGAUGAGGAUGGGUCAGAGAAGGAAAUCACGCCGACUCACCGCAGCCCCAACAGCUCUCUGUCAAGUCAGCAUGGCGACACCCUUCUUGUGGAAGCUGUCAUCCCAGAAGCUGGGCUUCUUCCUGGUCAGCUUUGGGUUCAUCUGGGGCAUGAUGCUUCUGCAUUUCACCAUCCAGCAGCGUGCCAGCCACGAGAACAGCGCUGUGCUCAGGCAGCAGAUCCUGGACCUCAGCAAGCGCUACAUCAAGGCCCUGGCUGAGGAGAACCAAAGUGUCAUGGAUGGGCCCUAUGUGGGUACCAUGACAGCUUACGACUUAAAGAAGACCCUUGCAGUGCUGCUGGAUAACAUCAUGCUGAGGCUGGGCAAGCUGGAGUCCAAGGUGGAAAACAUCUACAACGGCACGGGGGGCAACCUGACCAACGGCACUAGCACUGCCACGCCCAGCGCCACAAACGCUGAAAAGGUUAACGUGGCAGACCUCCUAAAUGGAGCCCAGGAGAAGUGUGAGCUGCCGUCUUUGGAUGGUUUCCCUCACUGCGAGGGCAAGCUCAAGUGGAUGAAGGAGAUGUGGCGCUCAGACUCCUGCUAUUCCAACUACGGCGUCGAUGGAUCCACCUGCUCCUUCUUCAUCUACCUCAGCGAGGUGGAGAACUGGUGUCCUCGCCUGCCCUGGAGGGCAAAGACCCUGAAUGAAGAAAUAGACAGGAGGGGACAGGCGGAGGUCCGGACCAGUUUCGAGGAGCUUUACCGCGUGAUGUCCCAACGCGAGGAGUUCCGCUGGAUGAUGCUGAGGAUCAAACGCAUGGCUGAGCCGUGGGUCAGCGCCAUCCGCUCACUGGCUGCCAAGCAGAACCUGGCUAGACGUCGGAGGAAGAAGAUCUUGGUGCACUUGGGCCUGCUGACUAAGGAGUCGGGCUUCAAAAUAGCAGAAAACGCCUUCAGCGGUGGCCCUUUGGGCGAGUUGGUCCAAUGGAGUGAUCUCAUAACCACGCUGUACCUGCUGGGCCAUGAUGUUCGCAUCUCCGCCUCCCUGGCCGAGCUCAAAGAGAUCAUGCGCAAGGUCAUGGGGAAUAAGUCCAGUUGCCCGACCCAGGGUGACAAGGUGGUUGAGCUCAUCUACAUUGACAUUGUCGGCCUCACACAGUUUAAGAAAACGCUGGGACCUUCCUGGGUCCACUACCAGUGCAUGUUGCGGGUGCUGGAUUCGUUCGGGACAGAACCAGAAUUCAACCACGCCCACUACGCCCAGUCCAAGGGUCACAAGACGCCCUGGGGGAAGUGGAACCUCAACCCGCAGCAGUUCAACACCAUGUUCCCUCACACCCCAGACAACAGUUUCCUGGGCUUCGUCGUGGAGCAGCACCUCAACGCCAGCGACAUCAAGCACAUCGAUGACAUCAAGAGACAGAACCAGUCUCUAGUCUACGGCAAGGUUGACAACUUCUGGAAGGACAAAAAGAAAUACCUUGACGUCAUCCACAGCUACAUGGAGGUCCACGGCACCGUGCACGGCACCAGCACCGUGCACCUCCCGAGCUACGUCAAGAACCAUGGCAUCCUGAGUGGCCGAGACCUGCAGUUCCUCCUCCGGGAAACCAAGUUGUUUGUGGGUCUGUCCUUCCCCUACGAGGGACCUGCCCCCCUGGAGGCCAUUGCCAACGGCUGUGCGUUCCUCAACCCCAAAUUCAACCCUCCAAAGAGCAGCAAAAACACAGACUUCUUCAAGGGCAAACCCACUCUGAGAGAGCUGACCUCUCAACAUCCGUAUGCUGAGGUGUACAUCGGUCAACCCCACGUGUGGACGGUGGAUAUCGAGAACUCUGCCGAGGUGGAGCGGGCCAUCCGCUCGAUCCUCAGCCAGAAGAUUGAGCCCUACCUGCCCUAUGAGUUCACCUGCGAGGGGAUGCUGCAGAGAGUCAACGCCUUCAUUGAAAACCAGGACUUCUGCCACGGCCAGGUGAUGUGGCCUCCUCUCAGCGCUCUGCAGGUCAAACUGGCCGAGCCUGGUCGCACCUGUAAGCAGGUGUGUCAGGAGGAGCAGCUCAUCUGUGAGCCCUCCUUCUUCCAGCACCUCAACAAGGACAAGGACCUGGCCAGGUUUGGCGUGGACUGUCAGACGGUGGAGUCGAGCGCCGACACGGUGGUCCCGGCCUAUAGUGAGGUUCGCCACCACUGCAUCUUCCAGUCUGACCUGCUACUGUUCAGCUGCGCGGGCUCCCACCCAUCGCUGCAGCGCAUCUGCCCCUGCCGCGACUACAUGAAGGGCCAGGUGGCGCUCUGCAAAGACUGCCUAUAGCACCAGCACACAGGCUGAUGGGGUGGGGGGGCUGACAGAGGAUUGGGCGGAUUUUUAGGGGGUUUGGGGCAUGGCUGGAUGAGGUUAAAUGAAAUCGAAACAGCUUAACAAGUGUGUGAGUGUGUUUGCGAGACAUGCAGCUAUCAGUCAAACACACACGCCUGACUUUUUUGUGGGAAGCUGUCUGGACAGAAAAAACAUUCAUAGGACCGAGCGUCUUCAUCAUAUUUAUUGUUUCCCCCAGCUGCUGGAAGUGAAGCACUCCUGCAGCCAACCCAAGCACCCGUCAACCAUCCGGUUCACCAGCGGUGGCGCUGCGAGUCCUGGAAGCAGUGUAAAAAUUACUUGAAUCAACAAAGGGAGACGUCUCAGACUUUAAAAUUGGAGCAAACGAGCUCUCUUCUGCCACCUUGGUAGACUCCACAUAUCAGUGACUGCCUGCCUGUUUGUCUUCAGGUUCACCAGAGCAGCAAGGGACCAAGGAGACUGAAAUGCCCCCUUCCUGACAGCCAACCCCCCCCCCCUCCAUCCACCUCCCCCUGGUCAAUCUGAAACUGUUUAUUCUUUAGGUAGGUUUGCACUGGACUGGCAUGCCUGAAGGCCCGCUCCCCCCCCCCCAUACACAGACACACACAUACAUAUACACACACACACAGGGGGACUGUCCCAGGCUUAACAGAUGGUGGCUUAAGAAGAACCCAGUUUUACACUGUAACCAACUCCUCUCAUCUGGUUGAACGCGAUGAGAGCGGACAUGUAACGUAGAUAUCUAGAUUUUUAUUCUGGACGUUUUAUCAUUUCCUGACACAUAUUCCAGAAAUUAAGGUGGUCUGCAUUCCCCCUUCAAAAGACAGAAUAGUCCAGUCGCAGUCACUCGUGGGCACGGUCUGCCCCUUGAUUUUCAUACGUUUAAGUUGCACACUUGUUUUAAAUGAUUUGAUGGUGACAAAAAGUUACAAAGAGGGUCGAGCGUGUGUGUUUCUAUGAAAGGCCAGUAGUGUAUGCGUAAAUAUUUGUUUGUUCAAAAUAAGGUACUACGCACACACACUGAGCGGUGAGGAUCGGGGAGUAGGUUGAGGGUCAUUCUCUGUAGCUUAAGCUCUUGCGUCGGAGUCGUAGGAUGCCGUGACGUUGUGUCAUAGAUGAUAGGCUGUCGUCAGUAGCAGCGGUAACACCUCGAGGCAUCGCAGGCUAGGGAGCAUUAACAGCAACACGUUUUCCCAGCGCCUGCAGAGAAACAUGAAAACCUUCCAGAGAUGUUUUGUCUGUUUUGUCUUUAUGUGCACAAAGUCAACUGUUAGAGAAUACACAGCUCCACACUCCUCUCCCCAUGUACCAGACAACUGCUGUAAAUCCUUUCGAGCAAACUGUACGCAACAAAAAAUGUGCCAACAAAGCGUUCCUGCAACGCACAACUUCGCAUCUCCUAGUUUCCUUUGAAUAAUCGUUAGAAUCUUAAUUUGCCUGCAGAUUUGCAAAGAAAAAAAAAUUAAAAUGAAAAUAAAAUUCGUAGUUCUUGUGGUGAAUGGGGGAAAAAAUGCACUACGUUAAUCUAUUUGCAGAGGUUUAACAAGGUAUCAGUGACACUGUAUAUUGUUCAUAUUGGAUUUAAAGUUUUUCUUUUGUAUUUAUUUUGUAUACAGAUCUUUAUCUCUGUGUUUUGCUGGAAAUCUUUGGUUUUUUUUAUUUAUAAGAGGGGUGUUUUCCUGCUUUUUUCCUUUUUUAUAGAUUUUUAUUUAUGGAGAGUAAUUUAAACAAAAAGAAUAAAAAAUAAGCAAGCUUAUGUUCAAGUAUAUGAAGGUGGGGAGGAUUUGUCUACUUCUGUUCAGCUUAUAGCAGUGAUGUGAGGAGUAACACUCCUGUCCAUAAUACGGAGUUAUAUUUGGGCCUUUUUUUGUGUGUGUGCGCGUGUGUCUUUUCUUUUGUUCUUCCUGUCAUCACUGUCUCUUGAAGAUGGACAGUAGUGGACAAACGUGUCUUGUUUCAUUGCGAAAGCCAGCAGGAGCCUCAUACACUUUUGUGCUUUGAUUUACAAUCUCAGUUUGUCUCUGUUUGCACGUGUAUAUUCAGACUGAACGGCACGGGUCAGCUGCGGUACACUACCUGUCCUCUCUCACCUUGUCAGCUCAGACUGUUUUUAAUGUUUUUUUGAAAAACUUUUUUAAACAGGUCCGUGAUCUGCCGCCAAGUUAGUGUUUCUAAGAACAUGAUGUGCCUUUUCAUGGUUGAGUUUUUUUUUUUUUCCUGCUUGUGUUUGACAGUCUGUUGUGGCAUGUCAGAGGUCAGGGUUCACGUCUGGAGCCUGGAAAAGACAAUUCACACACUCAUGAUAUAACCUUCAGUCCCUCAUUUAACUCCACAGAUCAGAUAAAGGAAUCAG